CCUCCUCACUUCAAAGAUGCUAUCGCUUCUGUACUGCUCCCUCCUGCUCAUCCUUGCUCAACAGCGCUUCAGCAGGGCUCAGAACAAUGGGCAGCCCCUGGCUCCUCGAGGUGGACAGCCUGUGGCUCAGAGGCGGCAGUUCUGCCAGUGGCCCUGCAAGUGUCCGGAGAGACCUCACUGCGCCCCGGGGGUGAGCGCCGUCCUGGACGGGUGCGGCUGCUGCAAGAGCUGCGCCCGGCAGAUCGGAGAGCAGUGCAACGAGAGGGACGUCUGUGACCCACACAAGGGCAUGUACUGCGACUUCUCCGCAGACCAGCCAAGAUAUGAGGUCGGAGUGUGUGCAUACAUGAUGGCAGUGGGCUGUGACCUGAAUGGGGUCCACUAUGAGAACGGAGAGGCGUUCCAGCCCAGCCCCCUCUACAGGUGCACAUGUAUUGGCGGAGCCAUCGGCUGCACCCCUGCUUUCAUCCAGAAGCCGGCUGGACUCUUAGGCCCCGCGCCGCUGAUGGGUAACAUGCCAGCAGGCCUCCGCAGCAGUCAGAGCCCAAAGAAGCACCAGCAGGACACGACCUACAUGUCAGGUAUGGAUGCUUACAGGGAUCCUCCUUUAGCCUGGAAGAAGAACUGUCUGAUCCAGACUACACCCUGGAGUCCCUGCUCCAAGACCUGCGGCCUGGGAAUCUCUGUGCGUGUCAACAAUGACAACAGCAAAUGUGAGAUGAGGAAGGAGCGUCGCCUGUGUCUGCUGCGGCCAUGUGAGAAGAGCGUUCUUAGGAGCAUUAAGGUGCCGAAGGGAAAGACGUGCCGGCCUAAAUUCCAGGCAAAGAAGGCGGAGAAGCUGGCGCUCUCUGGCUGCACCAGUACCAAAAAGUUUAAGCCCACAUACUGCGGCGUCUGCACAGACAAGCGCUGCUGCGUCCCCAACAAGUCACGCAUGAUCAAGGUCAGCUUCACCUGCAAAGGAGGCUCCAACACGCAGUGGAAGAUGCAGUGGAUAACGUCCUGCGUGUGCCAGAGGAAGUGCCACAACCCAGACGACAUGUUUUCUGACCUGCGGUUACUUUAAUGGAGCCGCAGAAGAAUCAAGAGACGCAGACACAGGGUACAAGUCCUGCUGUGGUGGACUAAGGACUGAAAAACACACAUAUGGUUACUGAGUUCUUCUCAGCAGUGCCGAUGUGCCCUGAGGGAACUAAAGACAAAAACUGAAACUGAAACUACAUAACCUCAUUUCAUAAGGAAGAAUGGCUGGGAUUCACUGAAUGAAGAGAAAUGCCGUUAGCUAUGAGAAAAGCUUCAUGAACCCUGUCUGCAGGACACGUAUGUGCAAUAACAACAUGGGCGCUGUAACAGCAGAUGUGACGCAUUCAGAGUACCU